CUGAGCCGGUUCGGGCUUUUCUCAAAGUACGUCACGGGCGGCGCGGGGAGGAGAACGAGGAGGUCUGCGCGCUCCCGCUGGGUGGGAGGAGCAAGCCAGCCAGCGGCGACUGGCACUUGAAGACCAGCCCGGUGCAGGGGCGAAGGGCGCUGCCAUUUGUUGCUUGUCUUAGCAAAGAAAGAUAAGACCAUGGAGGCCCCUCCCGUCACAAUGAUGCCUGUCACCGGCGGCACUAUUAACAUGAUGGAAUAUUUACUUCAAGGGAGCGUUUUGGACCAAAGCCUGGAGAGCCUCCUCCAUCGACUCCGGGGCCUCUGUGACAACAUGGAACCUGAGACCUUCCUGGACCACGAGAUGGUGUUCCUCCUGAAGGGGCAGCAGGCCAGCCCCUUUGUCCUGCGCGCACGGCGCUCCAUGGAUAAGCCUGGCACUCCUUGGCAUCUGCGGUAUCUUGGGCAGCCGGAAAUGGGAGACAAGAAUCGCCACGCCUUGGUACGCAACUGCGUGGACAUUGCCACAUCGGAGAACUUGACAGACUUCCUCAUGGAGAUGGGCUUCCGCAUGGACCACGAGUUUGUGGCCAAGGGACAUGUUUUCCGCAAGGGCGUCAUGAAGAUUGUCGUGUAUAAGAUCUUCCGCAUCUUGCUUCCGGGAAAUACUGAGAACACUGAGCCUUUGUCUCUCUCCUACCUGGUGGAGCUCAGCAUUGUUGCUCCAGCAGGACAGGACAUGGUUUCUGAUGACAUGCGGAGUUUUGCUGAGCAGUUGAAACCUUUAGUUCACUUAGAGAAAAUUGAUCCCAAACGGCUGAUGUGAGCAAGAUAGCCCUCAUUCAAAACUGGAUCUUUACUGUCACAGAGGCUGGGGGAUUUUAGAAGGCUUUGACCAUUGGAGACAGAUGUCUGGUUCAUACCUCUUGAAAGAAAGCAAAACUAGGUGAUCUGAUUGGUCUCAUACCAUUUCAUAGGUGUAUUAUUUGACUCCAAAUAAAGAGGGUAACCAUUACAGUCUA